CAAGCUAUGUUCCAAGUGCUGAAAGUCAAGGCAUGGAAUGCUAUAUAUAGCCUUGAUGAGUAGCAGUUCAAGAGCAACAAAACGAUCGAAGAACCUGAUUCCAAUGAGUAAUAUGAUUGGAACUAGGAGCAUCUCCACAUGUUUGCAGAUGCCUGCUGCGCCUAAUAGUCCUUUUAGAGUUUCAUGGCAAGCAUGUUCAACUCAGACCAGCUUCUCCUUCUGUAUAAGUCCUCGGUGCCAGUUAUCACUCGUGCCUCACCCAACACCAAAGGAUAACAACUGCACCAGAACGUUUGAGGAACUGAGAGAAAGAACCCGAAAAGAAUUGCUUACGCCAGCCAAUCCAUCUGCUUCACUAAAGUUUAUUGAUUCAAUCCAACGACUAGGAAUUGGGUAUCAUUUUGAAGAAGAAAUCAAUAUGCUACUUGAAAGAUUUGUGGAUUGGAAUGCAGGUCAAGAUCUCCUUGCCACUGCUCUUCGCUUCCGGUUGCUGAGGCAUAAUGGCUUUCCAGCUUGUUCUGAUGUUUUCAAUAAAUUCAAGGACAAGGACGGGAAAUUCAAUCAGUCUUUAAGCAAAGACCCACUGGGUUUGUUAAGCCUAUACGAGGCAUCUUACUUAGGCACAGAAGAAGAAGUAGAAUUGGUGCAAGCCAUGGAGUUCACAAGAACGCACCUGCAGAAAAUAUCAAUUCCACUCUUCUCACCCCAAGACAGAUGUCAAGUUUUUCAAGCCUUGGAGAUUCCUAGGCACUUGAGGAUGUCAAGAUUGGAAACCAGAAACUACAUCAAUGAAUAUAGCAUGGAAAGCAACCGCAAACCAACUCUUCUGGAUUUAGCCAAGUUAGACUUUAAUGCAGUUCAAUUAGUCCACCAAAAAGAGUUGGUUGAGAUAAUUAGGUGGUGGAAACAAUUGGGUCUAGUUGAAAAACUUGGUUUUGCUAGAGAUCGACCAUUAGAGUGCUACUUAUGGACUCUAGGAAUAUUUCCAGAACCAUAUAAUUCCAAUUGCCGUAUUGAGUUAACAAAAACCAUUGCCAUCUUACUAGUUAUUGAUGACAUCUUCGACACUUAUGGCUUAUUACCUGAUCUUGUUCUCUUCACUGAGGCAAUUCGAAGGUGGGAUCUUAGUGCAAUGGAGCCACUUCCUGAAUAUAUGAAGAUUUGUUACAUGGCACUAUACAACACUACUAAUGACAUUGCAUACAUGGUACUCAAACAACAUGGAUGGAGCAUCGUCCCUCAUCUAAAGAGGACGUGGAUAGACAUGUUUGAAGCGUUCCUUGCGGAAGCAAAAUGGUUCAACAAUGAAUAUGUUCCCAGCCUUGAGGAAUACCUAGUUAAUGGGGUAACGACAGGAGGCACUUACAUGGCAUUGGUUCAUGCGUUUUUCCUCAUGGGCCAAGGUGUUACUAAGCAGACUGUGGCAAUGAUGGAACCAUAUCCUGACCUCUUCUCUUUCGCUGGAAAAAUUCUUCGGCUGUGGGAUGAUCUGGGAACUGCAAGGGAGGAGCAAGAGAGAGGAGAUGUGGCAUCGAGCAUACAAUGUUUUAUGAGAGAAAAGGGAAUUUCAUGUGAGGAUGAAGGCAGAAAACAAGUAAGGCAGCUCAUUCGUAGCUUAUGGAUAGAUCUCAAUGGUGAGUUGGUGGCUCCAAGUUCAAUGCCUCUAUCCAUCAUUAAUGCUUCUUUUAACCUAGCAAGAACUGCCCAAGUUGUGUACCAACAUGGAGAUGACAAGAAGGGGUCCAGUGUGGAUGAUCAAGUUCAAGCAUUGAUCUAUAAACCAAUCUCAUUGGGUGACAUGAAGCAAGACUGUGUAUGAAUUAGAAACUAUAUAUGGUGGUCAUCUAAUUGUAAUUUUAUUAUGUUUCACUUAUUGUCAAAAUCUUGAAAUUUGCUUUCUA